CCUCAACGGUUUCGUCCAUGAGAUCCAUUCUUGUCGACCUUUAGACCUUUGAGCACCUUACCGGUAUACAGGUCUAGAAGCAACGACGGAGACAGGAUGGGCGUCGAGCCUCCCUUCAUCUACGACCGGCCCUCAACUUACACAUUCGGCGGACCAACGAGUCAACCGUUCAACCCCAAGUCGGCAACGCAUGCGUCGUGGCAGCCCAAGCCGAACCGAACCCCAAAGAGAGAUGGACCUUUGAUUGAUUUCAAUAAGCACCCCGACACUUACCUGAUCGUCCCAUAUGGCAACCUCAACGUCAAGCCAAUGCACCCGCGAACAAAGGACAGAGUUGACCGAGCUAGAAUGCUUCAGCUUGGCCUUCGCAUUCUUGCCCUCAUCGGAGCUCUAGGAGCCUUGUUCUGCGUCAUUGCAAUCAAUAAUACCUCGACCUCGGUAGCAUGGAUCAUUCGAGUGGCCCCUGCCGUUACCAUCCUGCACACACUCUAUGCCAUCCACCACCUCUGCAGGGCCGCAAGUGGUCGGACUCCUACAACCACCGCAAGCUACAUGAUCUUUGCUGCCUUGAUGGACACUGGCCUCAUCCCUUUCUUCAGCUAUUCCGCCUGGAUGGCCCACGCAGACUACACCAAGAAUGAAUAUGGUUGGAGUACACUGUUCAACAAUUCAAAAUCGUCCUACAAGAUAAUUCUCGCUUUUUUCAUCGUCUCCGCUGUUGAGGCCAGCCUCGUCGCCUUGUCACUCAUUCUCGGCAUCUACCUGGCCGCCAUGUUCAAGAAGAUCGCUCGAAUGCCUCCAGACAUGAAUCCUCUGGAGCCCAACCUUACAUCACGACAUAAGAGGAACAAGUCUGAAGGUGUCACAGAGAAGAACAUGAAGGCAUCGGGACUGGUAGCCAUGAGAGCCUCGGACACGGCUAACUUGAAGAGAGUGCCCUACAUCCACACCCGCACUGAUUCCGUCGACAGUGUUACUCUCUACGGCAAUGACAGUGCACGAACUUCCAGGGCCGAAUUUCGCAAAGAUUUGACCGACAAUGAAAAGGACCCAUGGCGUUUUUCUGCAAACAACGUAUCCCCCUCUCGGCCUGGCUCGGCCAUCAGCCCUUCUCCCAACUCUCGAUCGAUCGGCUUAGGUCUUGAUUCUCGAUCUGAUCGUGCAGCUUCGCCACUCAAGGAGACUCCAUCAAAGGCAUCGUCAUGGCUGUCAUAUCUCGACUUUGAGGGAGUUCCUACUGAUCUAAGCCCCGAAGCCAAUCAACAACUUGAUAGCGAGGUCCGGCCUAUCUCUCCGCUUUCCAACUUUUCACGGGAUCCAUCUAUUGAUCGUCGUGCAAAUGAGCGUGAAAACUGGUAUCAAGGCGGUGACCGGACUGCUCAAGGCUAUCACUCGGUGGACAACGCCAGUAGACUUGAUGUCAAUCCAGGACUAGGGGUAUCAUUUCAUGAUCCAUCUCCCAAGAAAAGAAUCCAAGAGCCUCUUGGUAUGAACCCGCCGACUCCAUACGACCCGAACUUCCCGAACGAGAAUGCAGCGGUCACUCCAACCAAAGAGCGACAUUUUUCCUACGACAUGGAUCGCGAGGUACUCAAUGACACAGAGGCAAAUAACCGCGGCCGGCCCGUCCAAACAUCUCGCCCAUCAAGCUUCGUUGGGAGUGGAGGCAAGUCCCGAUUCUAUGGCGAUUUACGGUCGUCGAUGGGGUCUAUCAAUAACCCCUUUGGAGGAGAGGCGAAAAAGAAGUCUACAUUGGGGGUGGUUCACCAAGCCAACACCUACGAGAGGACCAAAACUAUGCAGACCGAGAGUGACUACAGUGACAACUUUGAGAUCUACGACUCGGACGAUGACGACAACAGCCAACUACGAGCCAAUAUCGCCAGUUUCCAGCCCGCAUCGAUCCCGAACAAGACGCAAUGGUCUAAUGCUCGACAGUUGUCUGACUCGACUGGGCAUGACCUGACAUCGUCAUAUGCCGGAUUGGGGGCCGAAUUUGGACAAGGAAUGGGACGAAGACGAGAAGUCAGUGGCAAGGUGGCGGAGGAAGGCCGUGCGGGAAGUGUGUCGCCAUCCAGAAAUGGCGCGGCAGGCUGGGAGCGUUUCAAAGGCUUGUAGAUUAUGGAGCAGAACGCAAUGCAAUGGGGUUUUGGCACUCGAGAUGCGUGGGAAUUUGCUGGUGAAUGUGCGAGCAAGGGCCUCGAAGCAUUCAUGUAUGUUGAUUUGGUUUGGUUUGGGCUAAGUACCUAUUGGAUGAGAGGUCACAAAUGAGCGAGUACAGAAGCGACGACUUUGAUUAGGAAAAGUCAUCUUACAUGGAGUACUGGGAAGAAGAUGAUGGGGCUGCAAAUAGCUGGGGAUAGUCUUCGAUCAGCACCACAUAGGAAGACUCUUAUGGGAUGUUUAGCAUGAGGAUUGGACCAUCUCAGCCUCGCAGCCUUGUGAGUAUAUGCGGAGUAGAUACAAGACAAGGAAGGAACGGCUGCCAGGAUGACGUCAACCCAUCAAAUUAUAUAAUCAUGCGAA